AUGAGGGAGAGCGCGCCCCUCGCCUCGCUCUCCCUCGCGCUCUGCCUUGCUGCCUACGCUGUACCCCUCCUCGUGCCGCUCGCUGUCCAGAUGCAAUCCCAGCCGUUGGUGGUGCAGAUGCUGCAGACGGGGCUAGUGGCGGCGGCUCUCCCGCUCACUGCUAUCCCAGCAACCAUGGAUGCGCUAGUGGACAUAGCAGGGGGGUCGGUGAACAUCCACGUGCUCAUGACCGUGGCAGCACUGGCGUCAGUGGCCAUGGGGAAUGCGCUUGAAGGCACUCUGCUGCUCGCCAUGUUCUCCAUCUCCCAUAUAGCGGAGCAUUACUUCACAGAGAAAGCUCUCGGCGACCUGCGCUCCUUGCAGGACAACAACCCUUCCACCGCCCUCCUCAUCGACCCCUCCUGCCUCUCUUCUGUCGGUGCUGCUGCUGCUGCUGGCGUGUCUGGAAACGAUGAUAGCGGCAGCAGCAGCAGCAGCAGCGGCGGCAGCAGCAGCAGCAGCAGAAGCAGCAGCAACAGCAGCAGCAGCAGCAGUGGUAGCAGCAUUAACGGCACCAGCAGCGGCGGUGGUGACAGUGGGCGGGGAGGGGGAGAAGGCGGGGUGGUGUUUCCAGGCCUGGCUGCCCUCUCAUGGUCGGAAGUGCCAGUAGCAGAUGUGCCUGUGGGCUCUAUGGUGCUGGUUAAAGCAGGCGAGGUCGUCCCUCUAGACGGCACCGUCCGCUUCGGCCGCUCCCUCGUCACCACAGAGCACCUCACCGGCGAGGCACACCCCGUCGAGAAGCUUCCCGGAAACUCCCUCCCGGGCGGCUCGCGCACCGUCGAUGGCUUCCUCGUCGUGGAAACUUCCCGGAAAUGGUCCGAAUCCACCGUGGCACGCAUCAUGCAGCUUACAGAACAAGCCAGAUCCCAAAAACCCCCUCUCCAACGCUGGCUGGAUAAAUUCUCCGAGAAAUACAGUCAAGCGGUGGUGGGACUGUCAGUGGGAGUGGCUGUGCUUGGGCCAGUGCUGUUCGGCUGGCCGUUUCUCAGCUCGCCAGGGGUGCGGGGGUCGCUGUAUCGGGCACUGGCAGUGAUGGUGGCGGCGUCGCCCUGUGCUCUGGCUGUCGCUCCCCUCGCCUACUUCUGUGCUUUGACGGCAUGCACGGGCAAGGGCAUCCUGCUAAAGGGCGGCCAUGCCUUAGACGCCACAGCAGCGUGCGACACAGUCGCGUUUGACAAGACCGGCACGCUCACCACCGGCCAGCUCGCCCUUCGCUUCAUCCAACCUCUGCACUCCCACGCACCGCACACCACUCCUUCCCUCCUCACCCCCUCUUCCCCAGUCUCCACUUCCAACUCCACACCUUCCUCUCCCUCUUCCUCUUCCUCCUCCCCUUCCUCCUCCUCCUCCCCUUCCUCUUCCUCCUCCCCUUCCUCCUCCUCCUCCUCUUCCUCCUCCUCCUCCCCUUCCUCCUCCUCCUCCUCCUCUCCAACCGCUCCUCACGCCAAUGAUAGUUUUUGGGAGGAGGCAUGUGCAAUGGAGGAUAGAGGGAUGGUGUGUGGACACAGCCACAGCCACGAGUGGGAGGAGACAGGCGUGGUGGUGGAGUGCAGCAGUGCGAGCUGUGAGGCGGAGGCAUUAGCAGUGGCUGCUGCACUCGAGCAAGCCGCCACACACCCCAUUGCCAGGGCCCUACAGGAGUAUGCAGAUAGCAGGCGAGCCACCCUCACGGGAGUGAACGUGGAUCAGCUGCAGCUGGUGCCGGGGCGAGGGCUCACUGCCACCAUUUCUAGCUUGCCUGGCGAGGGCGACAAGUGGGGCCCGCACGAGGCUCGCAUCGGCUCCCUGGAUUUCAUUGCUGAGGUGGCAGAAAAUUAUUGGGCCAGCAGGGCAACAGGAGCAGGACGGGACGGCGAUAGAGAAAAGGCAGCAGGAGGAGCAUCAGCAGCUGCACAAUCAGUUGACGCCACAUCAGCAGCAGCAGCAGCAGCAGCAGCACACCAUCUAUAUCCCAACCAGCUUCGGCCCGGAGCAAAAGAAGUGGUUCGGCAGCUGCAGCAGCAGGGUGGGCUGAGAGUGCAAAUGCUCACGGGGGACCAUGCAGCUUCGGCCCACAGGGUGGCGGCUGCAGUGGGGAUAGAGGGAGGGGAGGUGCAGGCAGGGUUGCGACCAGAGGAUAAGCUGAGGGCGGUUGAGGAGAUGACUGGGAGGAUGGGGAGGGAGGGGAGGGGAGGCGUGCUGAUGGUCGGGGAUGGGAUCAAUGACGCGCCUGCGCUUGCUGCUGCCACGGUCGGGGUGGUCCUGGCAGAAAGAGCAAGCGCAACAGCAGUGGCAGCAGCAGACGUGCUUCUAUUGAAGGACAAUAUCUCCGAGCUCCCGUUCCUAGUGGCCAAGGCUCGCCAAACCACGCUCAUUGUGAAGCAGAGUGUGGCUCUUGCACUCACUUGCAUUCUACUUGCGCUGCUCCCUGCCCUUCUGGGACACAUGCCUCUCUGGCUCACGGUGUUGCUUCACGAGGGUGGUACGCUCCUAGUUUGCCUCAACUCCAUCAGAGCACUCAACCCAGCACCUCUUCGCCGCCCCGGCCUCACGUCGCGCUUGCUGCAGCGAGCACAGCUGCUGCUGCAGAGGCUGGUGGGACAGCAGGGUGCUAGUAUUGGUAAUGGAGCAGCUGUUAAGGGGGGUGUUCCGUCAGCAGGGACACCUUGA